CCCUAUACCCUAUAAUCCAGUUCUCUAAAAUUUCCAAUCUCCAGCCAAAGAAGCACUUGAUCGCUAGAUGGAUUCCACGGAAAAUCAUCAGAGGUUUGUAACUUCUGUUGCUGAUGAGGACAUAAUCAGUAACCUGGCAGAGCAUCUGAUAGACCCAAUUUUAGAGCGGCUCCCGAUCCAAGAAGCUGUACGCACAAGCGUUCUAUCACAAAAAUGGAGAUACAGAUGGACCACAAUGUCUGUACUGAAUGUCGAUUUUGAUUUCGCCAUUAAAUUAUCAAGUAAGGGAGCUUUUGAUCCAAAUGGGUUUAUAAGGGUAAUAAACAAGAUUAUGACCCAUCACAAGGGUCCCAUCUUCAGAUUUGUUCUCUAUAUACCAUACGAGAUAAAUCUUGAUAGCUUCCAAGAAGUUGAUCAAUGGAUACUAAUUUUAUCAAGAAACAGUGUCAAGCAAUUCAUCCUUGUUAAUUCAAAUCAAGUUUAUCCACUUCAUUCGUCCGUGUUCUCGUGUAUGGAAUUGAAAUAUCUGGGAAUAUAUAACUGUAUCUUCAAACCACCAAUUGGGUUUGAAGGGUUUCCUAAUCUUCAAAGUUGUAAUUUGAUGAACAUUCAUUUCGGGGAUAAUUUAGGUGGAACAGUGAUCAACUUACCACAACUUAAGAUGUUGGCACUAGAUACAUGCGGCAAUGUUAAAAGUUUUAACAUCAAGGCUCUAAAUCUACGGACUUUGCGAGUCAUUAGUUGCCUUGAUGCCAUGUCGCUUCCGUUAUUGCAUAGCGAACGCCUUGAUGUGGUUCAAAUACGUUUGUUGAAAUCCAAAGUAGAUUUUCCACGAGUUGAAAGAUUCAAUUUGGCAGUCAUGUUAAGCAAGUUACCCAUGGUUGUUUCUUUUACCAUUGAUGGUUAUUUUCUUAAGUUUUUGGCUGCAGAAAAGUUCCCAAAGUGGCUUCCACAUGAGGCAAAAUGCUUAAAGAAAUUGGAGUUCCAAAGUUUUAAUUUUGGUGAUUUGGAUCAACUUGAAGGUGCUCUAUACAUGCUACAAAACUCGCCUGAUUUGAAAGGACUUCAUGUUACACAUGAGCAGAUGGGGCCUGAUGCUGAUUUGGAAUUAACGUCUAAUCAUUUAGAGUCCCAUGACUGUUUGCAGACGUUGUUUAUGUUGCAAACGGUAGAAUUGACAUCUUUAGAAGGAUCGAGACCAGAACUCCUCUUUAUAAAGCUUCUACUUGAUCAUUCUCCACGUCUUGAAAAUAUGAUUAUCCGACCAAAAGCAACCACUGAUACUGAGAAAAGGUACAACAUUGCAAAGGAUGUUAUGUUGUUUCCACGAGCCUCAUCAAAAGCAAAAAUGGUCUUCUUGGAUCCACAGCCAUAAUUCUAUAAGACGCUUGACUACAUUGCAAUCUGGUGGUUAUCCCGUAAUGCUAUAUCUUGUCUUUUAUUUUACCUAUUUGAUAUGCAGUUGACUGGAAUAACGUAUGUGCACAAUGUAUAGUUCUAUUUCUGUUAUGCUUAUAAUGGGUGAUUUAACAAGUUAUAUGAAACAUUUUUACGGGUUUUAUUAGAACACAUAAAUAA